AGCACACUUUGCAAUGGGCCAGGCAGCCCCGGUGGGACUGGAUUAAAAUGUAAAGAAGUUUGCUUGGUUAAUUGGAUUAAGGACUCAACGGCAAGGAGCUUCUGUCACGCCAAAGAACCAUCUUGAAUUUGGAGGGGAAAGCCCACUGUCGGUGACUCAGAAUUUGCGGAUCAAGUCCAUCAAUGGCUGCAAUUUCUUCUGAGGGGAUAUUAUCUAAUACUAGAAUGGUGUUGAGUGAUUUUGCACCUUUUGGGAGGAAUCCUUGAUGCUCUCGUGAGUUCCUAUAGAGGUAACAUAAAAGAGAAGCCCACAAGCGAUCCAGCAAACAUGGUGGCGUUGUCAUUGAAGAUCUGCGUCCGGCAGUGCAAUGUGGUCAAGACGAUGCAGUUUGAGCCCUCGACGGCCGUCUAUGAUGCGUGCCGCGCUAUUCGGGAGCGAGUCCCGGAGGCCCAGACGGGACAAGGUGGGUUUAGACCCCAGGACUGGCUUUUCGAAAUCACAGCUUCUGAUUAUGGGUUAUUCCUCUCCGAUGAAGACCCCCGGAAAGGGAUAUGGCUGGAGGCUGGGAGGACCCUCGAUUAUUACAUGCUGCGGAACGGGGAUAUUCUGGAAUACAAAAAGAAGCAGAGGCCUCAGAAGAUACGGAUGUUGGAUGGGUCAGUGAAAACGGUGAUGGUGGACGACUCUAAAACCAUUGGGGAGUUGCUAGUGACCAUUUGCAGCCGGAUAGGAAUAACCAAUUAUGAAGAAUACUCCUUAAUCCAGGAGAGCAAUGAAGAAAAAAAAGAGGAGAACACAGGGACGCUGAAGAAAGAUCGCACGCUGUUACGGGACGAGAAGAAAAUGGAGAAAUUGAAGGCAAAGCUGCAUACGGACGAUGACCUAAACUGGCUAGACCACAGUCGGACGUUUCGCGAGCAAGGAGUGGAUGAGAACGAGACGCUGCUGCUAAGACGCAAGUUCUUCUAUUCAGACCAGAAUGUAGAUUCAAGAGAUCCAGUUCAGCUCAACCUCCUUUAUGUUCAGGCCCGGGAUGACAUUCUGAAUGGUUCCCAUCCUGUAUCCUUUGAGAAGGCCUGUGAAUUUGGAGGGUUCCAAGCCCAGAUCCAGUUUGGACCUCAUGUUGAGCACAAACACAAACCUGGAUUUUUAGACCUCAAAGAAUUUCUUCCGAAAGAAUACAUCAAGCAAAGAGGGGCUGAGAAGAGGAUCUUUCAGGAACACAAAAACUGUGGUGAGAUGACAGAAAUAGAAGCCAAGGUGAAGUAUGUGAAGCUGGCCCGGUCUCUGAGGACGUACGGCGUCUCCUUUUUCCUUGUUAAGGAGAAGAUGAAGGGGAAAAACAAACUGGUUCCGCGUUUGCUGGGGAUCACCAAAGAGUCGGUGAUGCGCGUGGAUGAAAAGACCAAGGAGGUCUUGCAGGAGUGGCCACUGACUACUGUCAAGCGCUGGGCAGCUUCCCCCAAAAGUUUCACUCUGGAUUUCGGCGAGUAUCAAGAAAGUUACUACUCUGUACAAACUACUGAAGGCGAGCAGAUCUCUCAACUAAUUGCUGGUUACAUCGAUAUCAUCCUCAAAAAGAAGCAAAGCAAAGACCGAUUUGGAUUAGAAGGGGAUGAAGAGUCAACCAUGUUGGAAGAAUCCGUAUCACCUAAAAAGUCAACUAUCUUGCAACAACAAUUCAACCGAACAGGGAAGGUAGAACAUGGCUCCGUUGCAUUGCCAGCUGUCAUGCGUUCGGGCUCCACUGGUCCAGAGACCUUCAAUGUUGGCAGUAUGCCUUCGCCCCAACAGCAGGUCACAGUGGGCCAAAUGCACCGGGGCCACAUGCCCCCAUUGACAUCUGCCCAGCAAGCCUUGAUGGGGACCAUCAACACCAGUAUGCAUGCUGUCCAGCAGGCCCAAGCUGACCUCACCGAAGUUGACAACCUUCCACCUUUAGGGAAUGACAUGGCUUCCAGAGUUUGGGUUCAGAACAAAGUGGAUGAAUCAAAGCACGAAAUACACUCUCAAGUGGACGCCAUUACUGCGGGGACAGCAUCAGUCGUCAACCUUACAGCAGGUGACCCAGUUGAUACCGACUACACGGCUGUGGGUUGCGCCAUCACCACCAUCUCCUCCAACCUCACGGAGAUGUCCAAAGGGGUCAAGCUGCUGGCUGCUCUCAUGGACGAUGAGGUGGGAAGUGGGGAGGACCUCCUAAAAGCCGCCCGGACCUUGGCGGGGGCCGUUUCGGAUCUUCUGAAAGCCGUGGAGCCAACGUCAGGAGAGCCUCGCCAGACAGUCUUGACAGCCGCUGGGAGCAUUGGCCAAGCUAGCGGGGAGCUUCUCCGGCAAAUCGGAGAGAACGAAACGGACGAACGGUUCCAGGAUGUCUUGAUGAGUUUGGCCAAAGCUGUGGCCAACGCAGCUGCCAUGUUGGUCCUGAAGGCCAAGAAUGUGGCGCAGGUGGCCGAAGACGCAGUUCUGCAAAACCGAGUCAUUGCUGCAGCAACCCAGUGUGCCUUGUCCACCUCCCAGCUUGUGGCCUGCGCAAAGGUUGUGAGUCCCACCAUCGCUCCCCGUCUGCCAGGAGCAGCUGAUUUGAAGCCGGGAAGCUGGUGGACCGCUCGUGGGAGAACUGCGUCGAGCGUGCCAGGCGGCCACAGUGACACGGAGCUUCUUAAGCAGGUCAGCGCGGCUGCCAGCGUGGUCACCAGGCCCUGAAUGACCUCCUGCAGCACGUCCGCCCAGUUUGCCAGUCGCGGGGAAGCCCAUUGGGCGCUUGAC